UCGUGCUUGUAAUAUAACCGACGGUGGUAUUAAAAAGGGAAACUGCAUAACAAAAUGCAGAAGUACAUACACGGUCGGUUCAGCUUCCAGACCAAACUAGAAGAUGUCAGAUACGCACACUAGCCAUAAUUCUAUUACUUUUCAGAAAGAAAGACAAAAGACUUGUUACAUGUAAACCAUUGUAUUAAACAGUAUGUUUUGAUAUAUAAUACACCACCUGUUUAGUUAAGUUAGUUUCUACUGUAUAUCUUGUUUGUGAGUGUAUCGUCUAGUUUAGUCUGAUGGUCAAGUCCAAGGUCUACCGAAUUUGAAACUGUACAGUAUUUCUAUUUCAUCAUGAAGGCGCUCUCCGCUUCAAAAAAGUAUAUGCAGAUUUUAGGAGUUUGUUUAUUCUUGUUUGUACAGACGGCGUGGAGUAACACAUUUAAAGAAUGUAUUGAAGUGAUAGACAAUCUGGAAAUAAGUCAAUACCAGGAGCACUGUUUUUGCUACAGUUUAAAUACGACAGUAGGAUGGAAGGACAUCUGGUCAACAUUCCAGGUGAAUGUGCAAAGCCAGGACGAUGUCCACAUUGUUUUUCCUGUGGAAGAUAACAAUUGUAAAGAGCCAGAGACAUUCAUACAUUUUAUUCAAUGUGUUUUAAGAUUUUAUUGGCCGUUUCCAAAAGCAUCAAAUGAACCAAGCUUAACUAUUGCACAUACUGAUGAGGAAGUCUGCUUUGGAAUAAAAUCAACCAAGCCCUCUGUUAAGUACUCAGUGCAUGUAACCAGAAAAAAGCAUGAUCUGUAUCGUCUUUCCCUGUUUGUGAUCGGAAUAUUGCUGCUCUUUUCUGCACGCAGAUUAUGCAGGAACACUGUGUUUUAUUACACUGUAGGUAUUUCUCUGGGCAUUCUCUCCAUAUUCAUUCUUACUUUGUUUGUACUUAGAAGGUUCACACCAAAGAAAAAGACGUUUUUGUUUAUGCUCAGUGGAUGUUCUUAUCUAUCCUACAUGGCGGUCCAGCAGGUAGUGAAUCACUGGGAUGAAAUAAGGACAGAUUACUGGAGAUACGCAGUUGGUUACCUGUUAUUUUCUGGAUUUCUCAGCUUUGCUGUCUGCUAUAAGCAUGGACCAAUAACAAAUAAACAAAGCUUAAACCUCCUGACCUGGACACUGCAGAUCAUCGCCCUGCUCUUAAUGUACCUCGGGAUUACAUAUCCUCCUGCUGCAUAUGCAGUCAUCAGCAUCUUAGUCGCUUCAAAAGCCCUGGCAUUUUCAGGGGUUUUGAUUUGCAGAAUAAUAAGAGGAAUAUUUCAAAUCCUGAAAAAAAGCUUUAAAGCAAAGGAACUAGAAAUCAGACUGCUUAGUGAAGAAGAAUACAGAAAACAGGGUGACACUGAGACCAGAGCAUCCUUGCAGGAGCUGCGUGAAAACUGUUUGAGUCCAGAAUUCCCUGCAUGGGAAGCAGUGUCAAGACUCCGCUCUCCUAAAAGGUUGGCUGAAUUUAUACGAGGGGGUUCCCAUGUGACUGAUGAAGAGAUCCUUGAGCAUGACAAACAGUACUGUUUGGGCGGCACCUACUUUGAAGACUGGAUCUUUUCCUCUAGAGACGAGGAGCAGGGUGAUCAAGACUGGCCAAACCCACUACAAUCCCAAGAGGAUGUUGAUGAGGAAGACCUGGAGUACUACCAAGCCACUGAACAGCGCAGUUUAGCACCAGUUGAUUUAGAGUUAUUCUAAAGUCACAAAGGGGUCUAUCUGAAUGAUCUCCUAUAUCACUAAAUAAAAUAAAAAUGUGUAGAAUAAAGAUAAACACUGAUUUAGAUGAUCAGAAUAGACUACCCCCUCAAAAAAAGUGCUUCUCAAACUGGAUUCGGGUUUGCUUCAGUAAGAAUUUAGGUGCAUGUUUUAAUAAUAUUCUAACCCGAUUGCCUUUUUUAUUUGAUAAUUUGCUUACCAUAACUUGUUUUUAUUGCAAGAACUUAAUCAGUUAUCAAGAUAACUGAAUACCUUGUUGAAACAUAUCAGGCUUGUCUUGACAUUGUGAUUUCAUUUUAAACGUGCCGUUGAAAUGAACCUUCAAACUCAGGUAUUUUAAGAAGGAACCAUUAGAACAACCGCUCAUUUCCUUUAUACAUUAGGGGAUUAAAGCACUCGCAGGUAGAUUAGGUUGUUUUUGCACUGAAAGGACCAUGUCCUUAUGUGACACUUUUAAACUGAGUGUAUAUAUUAGACACCCACUGGGGCUUCCAGAAUGUUUAUGAUACAAUAACCUGUCCAUUAGACACGUGGCACAGAUCAGCACAAAACAAAAUGUAAAAUACUGCAGGAGGGAAUAAUCUAAAUUAAAACACACCAAGUGCUCUUUUAACAUUUUUAAAAAGCAGCUAUUGUUUCAUCAGUCCAAGCUCUAAAUGUUUGAUGGAUUAUAAAAAAAAUAGAUUGAGUUGCUGUGUUUUUGUAAAAAAAAAAAAAAUAUAUAUAUAUAUAUAUAUAUAUACAUACAUACAUAUAUAUAUAUAUAUACAUACAUACACACACAAUUAUAAAAUGGUACAAAUUAAAAAUAUAUAAAAAAAUAAGAUCUUCUGAUUUAUUAAGUACUAUGUAAGUAUGCUAAACAGUAUCUUAAUGUAAAUAUCACCUUUUAAACAUGGGUAUGGUAGUAAUUGACCCUGGUUUUGUUAUUGGCAACAAGCUCAGGUGUAUUGAUUCAACACCGGAAUGGCUCAAACUGCUAUUUCCUAAUACCGUGGUGUAUUGUAAAUAGUUUUGAUUAAUUUUGAACACUCCAGCAUGUAUUUCUGUAUUUCUUUUUCUAUUUGUUAAAUGAAAAAUAAGUAAAAUGUUUUAUUCCUGAAAGUUUAGUUUGAAGUUGAUUAGAGGUAUGCUUUACGUUGGUUUUGAUUGAUUUAAAAUAAUAAAAUAAAAUGCAUAACCUUAGCAAUUUGUUAAAGCUGUUGUAGCUAAUAAAAUAAUUCCCUAUAUCAAAACUGUCUUAGGCUUCCGUUCGCUAUAGGACUCAAAUGUGUAGCACUACCUUAAAGCAAGGAUGCAAACGUUUCUUUAGUGAGCGUAGCACCAGAUAUGAUGUGAUAAAAUGAAAAUACAGUACAUGUUUGCUCACAGCUGGUAUAGGGAAUGGAAGGGCAUUACAGAAUCUGUUAGCUACAACCACUUUAAAGAACAUUGCUCUGGAACAUACAGUAUACUCAACAACAUGUGUACUCUCUGGUGUAGAUAGUGGUGACCGAUAUUUAUGCAUUAAUUUUAACCUGUUUAAGGAUUACAAAGGCUAUUCCAGAUCUUCUGAUUGAAUCAUUUGAAAAAAAAAACACGUGUGAAUGUAGGUCACCAUGACUUUGUAUAUUCAGUGCUAUUUAUUUAAUAGAACAUCACUCAGGUAUGUACAAUCAAAGCUUAAUUUUUCCUAAUAAACUGUUUUAAUAAAA